UGUCCGUUGAGAGUGACUCACUCAACAGCAAAGCAAAGCAGCUUCACAAAAAACCCUCCCGGAGCCAUUGUUUCCGGCGAUCAAAUCCUCAAAUAACCACCAAAACACCGUUUAAAAUAACAGAUUAUCACAUUACUAUUUAACUAUUUGCUUACUAGAAUGAUCGAUUCUUCACCUGAAGUUCCUCUGCAACCGUCAGUCGAACAACUGAUCGCUAAAAUCUGUACGGACCGAUGUAUACCGUCACCGGACGUAACUGCCAGACGUUCACUCUCAAAGCUCACUCCGGAAUCAGCGAUCGAAAUUCUGAACAAAAUCGCUGUUUCGAAACAAAUCCGUGAGUUUUCGCGUUUCAUUGUUUAUAUGGUGAAGAAGACGCUUUCAGUUACCGUUUCUUCACCGGAGGAUGAUCGUGUGUUGCCGCAGAAGCGAUCGCCUCCGUUUUCGUUCACUGAUGGAACUCCUCAGAAAUGUGCACACUUCGUUUCUCCAAAUUCCAAGCAGGUUGUAGAAGCACCUGGUUCUAGUUCAAACUAUAGAACCAUUCCUGAGUACUUUCCUAGGUCUCCAAAUGACGGCUACGGUUCUUUAAUUUCAAAGAAAAUUACAUUCUUGCCACAUUCAGGUUUGGAGGGUGGAAGUCCAAACGAUGCUACUUGUCGCUUGGUUGACUCUUCAAAGGGCACGAAUUUGGUCCCAAAACAACUUGUAUUCUCAACAGAUUGUGAUUUAGAUGAUACAAAUCAUAGUAAUGUAUGUCAACAAUUGUUUGACUCUUCAAAUGAUGACCAUCGUAUGUUUGCGGUCCAAAAGCAACAUACACUGCCGCCGUGUUCAACCUCAAAGGGUACACACAACUGUUCUGUAAUUCCAGAUCAGCGUAGUUUAUCACCCUGUACGAGGAUUGGUGGCCCCACAAAUAUUCUUGCAAAUCAUGGUAAGGUAGGUCAACACUUGUUUGACUCUUCAAAUGAUGGCUAUCGUAUUUCUGCGAUCCAAAAUCAACAUACACUGUCGCCAUGUUCAACCUUAAAGGGUACACACAACUGUUCUGUAAUUCCAGAUCAGUGUAGUUUAUCACCCUGUGCGAGUAUUGGUGGCCCCACAAAUAUUCUUGCAAAUCAUGGUAAGGUAGGUCAACAAUUGUUUGACUCUUCAAAUGAUGGCUAUCGUAUUUCUGCGGUCCAAAAUCAACAUACACUGUCGCCAUGUUCAACCUCAAAGGGUACACACGCUAGCCACUUUUAUGAUAUUUCAACUGCCACCCACAACGGUUCUCAAAUUCCAGACCAGCGUAGUUUAUCACCCUGUGUGAGUAUUGGUGGCCCCACAAAUAUUCUUGCAAAUCAUGGUAAGGCAGGUCAACACUUGUUUGACUCUUCAAAUAGCAUCCAUCGUUUUCCUGUAGUAAAAAAGCAACAAACGUUCUCGCCAUGUUCAACCUCAAAUGGUACACACGCCAGCCACUUUUAUGAUAUUUCAAUUGCCACCCACAACGGUUCUCCAAUUCCAGAUCAGCGUUGUUUAUCACCCUGUGUGAGCGUUGGAAGCCCGACAAACAGUCUUGCAAUUAGUCAGCAGUCAUUACUUCUUAAUGAACUCGAAUUCAGGAAAUUGUUCUUGGUAUAUAGUUAUGUAGGGAGGAAAAAGCUUGAAGAUGUAGUUUCUGUUGAAGAUGCCAUUGAGAUAAAAAAAAUGAAAACAUUGUCGAUGCUUGAUUUCGAAGCUAAAAUAUGGGCCAAAUAUGGUUGCAGAUUUUGUGAACCAUGUGACAGGGCAAUGCAUCUUGAUUGGGAUUCUGGAAAGACGCAUCUUUAUCACUGUUACGUGAGUAUUGAUGGAACUUACCAGUUUAAGGGGCCAUAUCUUAAUCCAAGAAGAACUCACUUACAGAGGGAACUUGGAGAUGAUAAUGUGCUAAUUAUCCAAUUUGCAGAUGAUCCAAACACGCCCGAUAUCCCACCCAAUCAGUGUAACUGGUUUGCGGCUUAUAACAGUAUUUCUGAUGGGAUUUCUAUUGGUUUGCGUCAUUAUCGUCUUUUUGCAUUUAAAGAUGUAGAUAAGAAGUUUAAAGGUGAUAACAGUAAGAAAAAACGGUCAAAAUGGGCAAUAAAAUGCUACUUUAUUAGAACGGAUUCUCGUGCACCAUGGGCUGAGAAAGAUGGUUGCAUUUUGUUCGGAAAAACGAGCCAUGAAGCAAGGUGUCUGUUUAUGCAUGCGCACAUGGUCUCUAGCAUGGCUAAAUACAUCUCUAGAUGUUCACUAGCACUAUCAAAUACAAUAAAGCUCCGUGUUGAUCUUACUUGUGUGCAUGUUGAAAGAAUUGAAGACAUUCCUUGUCGUGACGAGAAUGGCUACGUUGUUUGUAAUGAAGAUGGGGAACCGUUGAUUCAUACAGAUGGGACAGGAUUUAUAUCAGAAGAUUUAGCAAUUUUGUGUGAAAAAGAUUUCAUUGAAGCUAAGGGCACAAAGGAAGAAAAUUAUGAACUUAAAGAAGAAUCACUCGGAAUUAACGGCAAAGAAUCUUGCAUUAAAGAACCGCCUUUGCUCGUCCAAUGCCGCUUGUUCAAGGAUGGUUAUGCUGUCAAAGGAACUCUUCUUGUAAAUAAAAAGCUCAAACCCCGAACUAUUCAAGUCAGACCCUCAAUGAUAAAGGUUGAGAAAGAUACUAGACUUUCCAAUUCAACUUCAUUCAGUUCGUUGGAGAUAAAUUCCGUAAGUCGUAGACCAAGAACAGCCAGUCUAUCAAAGAACUUGAUAGCACUUUUAAGCGUAGGAGGUGUUCCUAAAAAUUACUUUUUGGAAUUACUGGAAAAUACAUUGCAAGAUGGCCAGAAAGUAUCCUCAAGUAUGCGGGCAGCAGUUAGAGUGGGCCUAAACUAUGGACAAAUGGAUGACUCAUCAACUUCAGUAGCAAUGAUUGGGUGUGGAAUUCCGCUUGAAGAACCGUAUCUUCAAUUUCGUCUUUCAAUUAUGGCAAAUGAAGAACGGAAAGCGCUUCGUUCGGGAAAGAUUCCAGUUAAUGAAAGUUAUUAUGUAAUAGGGACUGCUGAUCCUACUGGAACCUUGAACAGUGAUGAAGUUUGUGUUAUUCUGGAUAAUGGUCAAAUAUCAGGAAAGGUUCUGGUUUAUCGGAAUCCGGGCCUUGACUUUGGGGACGUACACAUUAUGAAUGCAAAAUAUGUUGAAAAAAUGGAAGAAUUUGUUGGAAAUGCUAAAUAUGGUAUUUUCUUCUCUACAAAGGGCAAGAGAUCAGUGGGAACUGAAAUUGCCAAUGGUGAUUUUGAUGGAGAUACGUACUGGGUUUGUAGAAACCCACAGUUAUUACAUUACUUCAAAGCAAGCGAACCGUGGCAAAGGAAAUACUCAACCCCAAAAGCACCUAGCAAGAAACCUAGCGAGCUUUCACCUGAGGAAUUAGAGUCCGAGCUUUUUUCUCUACUUUUUAAAACACAAAAACAUAGUAUGGUAGCUGGUAGAGCUGCUGACAGCUGGCAAGCAUUUAUGGAUCAAUAUCUUGUUUUGGGAGAAAAUGAUGUUGAUGAGAAGCGUCGAAUUAAAGAAAAGCUGUUGAAGUUAGCUGAUUUGUACUAUGAUGCACUAGAUGCCCCCAAAAGCGGGAAAUCGGUUGAUAUUCCUCAAAGUUUAUUGCCCCGGAAAUAUCCACAUUAUCUCGAAAAGUUUCCCAACAAAUCAUAUAGUUCUUCUUCUGUUUUAGGAGAAAUUUAUGAUAGAGCAAUGGCGUAUCAACCUGAUAAUGCAUUGAUACGAGAAAUCUGGAAAUUACCGUGUUUUAACGUCGAGAUACCGGAUUCCAUUUUAAGUCUAUGGAAGAACCGGUACGAUUCAUACAGGCACGAAAUGUCUUCAGCCUUGCAAUCUGGAGAUGAAUCGAAAAACAACUCUGCAGAUAUCGUGAUGAAUAAAUAUAAGAAGAUGUUAUACGAGGCUGAGAAUUUUGCAUCAAGUACUAGGAAAAUCGAGGAUAUUUACAACGAUGCCCUUGCAAUUUAUCAUGUAAGUUAUGACUAUGCUAUCAGGUAUGCAAAUGUUGCAAAGUGCGGAUUUGCAUGGAAGGUAGCUGGUGAAGCGUUGUGCUCGUAUCAUGAAUCGAAAACCCCCGGAAGGUCGAUUUCGUUUAAAAUGAAUGUGUUAUCCAAGUUUAUUUAGUUCCACAACAUGUUUUAGGGAUGUGAAGGAUUUGUUGUAACAUUUGAGUCUCUUCUUGUAAGCCAAUGUCAUUGUAUCUAUAGUAGUGGCGUUCGAUGUAAUAUAUACCAACUUCUUUGAGUGUUUAGAUGGUGGCAUUCUGAUUAUAAAUAUAUGAUUGUUUUAGGGUUGUA